AUGUUACAUCUGGACCACUCUUGCUUGUAUUUCAGGAGCUGUCUGGCUGCGACCCUGGGUGUGCUGCUGAGUUUGACGCCUGCCACUUGCAGAGACAUACCUGGCUCCCGGCCCAACAUGCUUCUGCUGAUGGCAGACGACCUUGGCAUUGGAGACGUCGGCUGCUAUGGCAACAGCACCAUAAGGACUCCAAAUAUCGACCGCCUUGCGGAAGACGGAGUGAUGCUGACCCAGCACAUCUCUGCCGCGUCGGUGUGCACGCCAAGCAGAGCUGCUUUCCUCACCGGCAGGUACCCUGUUCGAUCAGGAAAAUGGCAUCUGGGUCUCAACUGUGAAUCCUCCUGGGACCACUGCCACCACCCGCUCCGCCACGGGUUUGGGCAUUUCUACGGCAUGCCCUUCUCCAUGAUGGGCGACUGUGCCCGCUGGGAGCUGUCCGAGAAGCGCGUGGCCCUGGAGCGCGAGCUCAGCCUCUGCCUCCACGCCGUGGCCUCGGCCGCCCUCAUGCUGGCGGCGGGGAAGCUCACCCGCCUGAUUCGCCUCCCGUGGACGCCGGUCAUCUGGUCAGCCGUCGCGGCCAUCCUCCUCUUCACAGCCACGCGGCUCCUGGGGACUCUGAUCGUGCACGCGGACUGCUUCCUGAUGAGGGACCACUCCAUCAUGGAGCAGCCCAUGCGCUUGCCAAGAACGACCUCCCUUCUUCUGCAUGAGGUCGCGUCCUUUCUCAAAAGAAAUAAGCAGAGACCUUUCCUUCUCCUUGUCUCGUUUCUACAUGUGCACACUCCCCUCGUCACUACCGAGCACUUCCUUGGAAAAAGUCUCCACGGGCUGUACGGGGAUAAUGUGGAGGAGAUGGAUUGGAUGGUGGGACAGAUCCUCGACACGUUGGACAAGGAAGGUUUGACCAACAACACCCUUGUUUAUUUCACGUCAGACAACGGGGGGUCCUUAGAGUCUCAACACGGAAACCACCAGUACGGUGGCUGGAACGGGAUAUACAAAGGCGGCAAAGGCAUGGGCGGCUGGGAAGGCGGGAUCCGCGUGCCGGGGAUAUUCCGCUGGCCCGGGGUGCUGCCGGCCGGCCGGGUCGUCGCCGAGCCCACCAGCCUGAUGGACGUGUUCCCCACCGUGGUGCAGCUGGGGGGCGGCCAGGUGCCCCAGGACAGAGUGAUCGACGGCUGGGACCUGCUGCCCUUGCUGCUGGGGACAGCCCAGCACUCGGACCACGAGUUCCUGCUGCACUACUGCGAGACAGCUCUGCACGCUGCCCGCUGGCACCAACGGGACAGAGGAAGAGUCUGGAAAGUCCACUACACGACUCCGGAGUUCCAGCCAGCGGGAGCCAGCGCCUGCUACGGGAGAGGAGUCUGCCCGUGCUUCGGGGAGGAAGUGACCCAUCACCAUCCACCUUUGCUCUUUGAUCUCUCCAGAGACCCUUCCGAGAGCCACGUCCUCACGCCAGCCACGGAGCCCUUGUUCUACGAGGUGGUGGGCAGAGUCCAGCAGGCGGUGGAGGCGCAGCAGCGGGCGCUCCGCCCGGCCCCUCUGCAGCUGGACACGCCACACAACACCUGGAAACCCUGGCUCCAGCCCUGCUGUGGGCCUUUCCCCCUGUGCUGGUGCCACGGGGAGGAUGACUGA